AUGUCACACGGAUCAAGAAAAUCCGGUUACGGUGGAGAGAGCUGGUGGAGACGGUGUCUGGACCCACCACGCUACACAAGAACGGGUUACUGCGCUUUUCAAAUGACGUCACUUGCUUCUAACUCUUCACUACAAGAAAUUGUAUUGGGAAUAAUCGAAAUACCUAACAAUUCGCCCCACCCAGAAUUCAAACCUCGUGAUCUAGAGUGGGAUGCACUAACACAAGAUCGACAGGAGGUUCAUUGCUUAUAG